UUUUUAGUUUUAAUGUUUCGUUAGUAUACUGACGUAUUUGUGCUGAGUAUCAAUUUUGCUGCUAACUUUCUCUCUUUGUUUGUAGGUGGUCAUGACGUUCCCUCGACACCAAAGCUUUCAAGAUGGCGAUGCAAGCAGCGAGAAAGGCGAAUGUUCGGUUGCCGCCAGAGGUGAACCGAAUCCUCUACGUGCGGAACCUUCCCUACAAGAUCACAGCAGAGGAGAUGUACGACAUCUUCGGCAAGUACGGCGCCAUCAGACAGAUCCGAAUGGGUAACACACCAGAGACAAAGGGCACAGCAUAUGUUGUCUAUGAAGACAUCUUUGAUGCGAAGAAUGCCUGCGACCAUCUCUCAGGGUUUAACGUGUGCAACAGAUAUCUGGUGGUACUUUACUACCAACCCAACAGGGCAUUUAAGAAGGUCGACCAGAAGAAGAAGGAGGAGGAACUCUCCAAGCUCAAGGCCAAGUAUGGAGUCGGGGGAGACGCAGCAAGAACGGAGGCUAAAUAGGACUAGAACCAGAUACUUUUGUACCUACAGGACUGAAAAUUAGUCAGGACAGCUUCUCUAAAUAUUUUUCGAGGUAUUGGUGAUGAGGAAGCCAAGAAUGUUUUAUGAGCCUAGAUAUGUAAAAAAAACACAUACAUGAAACGUAUGUACUGCCGGAACAUAUUUAUAGUUAUGACCCUCAAAAACUAUGAUGUAACAUUGUUAAAAAGGAAUAUUGUUUGGUCAUAGAAUCGGACAACCAUGUUUAUAAACAAAAAAUUUGAAUCACAUGUGGGCAACCAAACUCGUCUCUAGUUUUGCUGCUUUUAAAGCAUGAAGUUGUUUAGAUAACUGGUGCACACUGUACACUAGUACUGUCACUUUUUUGUAUGUUUGUAGAUGAAAGAUCCAGUGAAGCAUAACGUUUGUACACUGAUAUUCUUUGAUCUUCAUAACUUUUACAAUCAACUUGGUGAUACAUGUUACUCUCCAAAGUCUUCUUGUAAGCAUGAAGCUACUAGUAUCACACAUUUUUUAAGUAUGAUAAAAGUUUAGGAGUGACUGAUGAUGAUGAUCAUAAAAGUUUAGAAGUGCUCACUGUAGUGGUGUUCAGUGAACAAUGACCAAAAAUACCCCAAGCAAAUUAACAACAAAAAGUAUUGUCACCAUAGGAAAAGAAAUCUGAUUUUUGUACAUUGUCAUUGGUUCUUUACAUUCCUUAACUCUAGAUACAAGUUAACAGAAGGACAUGAACCAGAUACGUAAUAAAUUUUGGUCAAACUCUUAGU